CACCUUUCUUCCCUGAAGGAAGACCAGCAGCUCAACCUUGAAGAACAGGCACUGCAGGGAACUGCCAUGGCUACACCAACCAGACCUUGAUACCAGAAUACCUUGGCAUGAACAGCAAGGCUUUCCAAGUCCUCAAGAUGUCAUAUCUGCAGAGCUUUGGUGCAAACAAAAUACAGCCAAGGAAGAGACCCUUUAUCACCGCCCCAAAUUCUCAUGGGAAGGACUUAAAACAUCAUCCUAACAGGACUCACAUCAUCAGCAUCCAGCAGGAGCUGACCAGGAACAUGGGAUUUACAGAAUGGAUCCGAGCAGUUGUGAAGUGCAUCGGUAUGGAAACAGAUAUUGCACAGCAGCACUGAUAAAGUUCAAGCCUGUAGCUGCUGAUAGCCAGAAUAAAAGGAUUGUUUAGUGCCAUGGCUAUGGAAUUUUUGUGUGACCUUUCAGCUCUGACAUGAGGAGCUGUAGCAGUUCCUGGGUGCCAGCACCACUCUCACCUGCUGCUGGAGCCACCUGGAAGGCACAAGGCUCACUUGAAUGAUUCUGGGCAGGACCCUGAAUUUAUCACUUUCUGACUCAUCCCAGAGGACCUGGCUUCAUUCAGUGAACAGGACAGAUGUUUCUGAGGAUUAUGCUGAAAAGAAAAACACGAUAGCAAAAGCUCUGGAAGAUCUGAAAGCCAACUUCUACUGUGAACUCUGUGACAAGCAGUACUAUAAACACCAGGAGUUUGACAAUCACAUCAACUCUUAUGAUCAUGCUCACAAACAGAGGCUGAAGGAGCUGAAGCAGAGGGAGUUUGCUCGAAAUGUAGCAUCUAAGUCACGAAAAGAUGAAAGAAAACAGGAGAAAGCCCUUCAACGUUUGCACAAGCUAGCUGAGCUAAGGAAAGAGAGAACCUGUGCUCCUGGGAGCGGGCCUAUGUUCAAAUCCACCACGGUGACCGUGCGAGAUGACUGCAGUGAUGUCCCCAAAAGUGCUGCCACAGAUUCUGCCCAGAGCCAGGACUUCAGCUGCACGCUGAUGCACGAUGCACAGAACUGCAAGGACAUGGCUUCUGUUAUUUCUCCCUCUCCUGGAGAUGCAGGAGGUCAGCAAUCCGACCCUAACAAAUGCGGGGAUCAGCUUCAAGGAGCUCAAGGACACAGAGUUGGGUUCUCCUUUGCUUUUCCCAAGAAAGCAGCAGUCAAACUGGAGUCUUCAGCUGCUGUUUUCUAUGAGUUUAAUGAGGAAGCCUCCAUGGAGCAUGGAUUUAGCAGGAGGAGUAGGUUUGUUCCAGGAACGUGCAGCCUUCAGUCUCCUUCGGCAGCAGCAGAAAUAGCCGUGUGCCCUGAGGAGAAACACAACUGCUCUCACCCACUGGUGGAGAAAUGCACGGACACAGCAGAGGCUCCUGAAGCUCAGGAGCUGUCCAGUGAAGGGAGCAGGGUGCUGGAGAGCCCAGCCUUGCCUCCUGCCAUGCCCCACUCAAAGCAGCUGGUGUCCCCAGACACGGAUGGCCACGGUGUGGGUGUGAGUGUGGCCGAGUUAGGGGACCAAAGGGUGGCCCUGGCUGCAGACAGUGCCCAGGUCCUGCCCCUGUCCCCAGAGGUGCAGGCAGACAGAGCUCCUGAGCAGGAACUGGUGGAGGAGUGCUCCUCUCUGCAGGAUGCUGCAGAGGAAAACUGUAAUGAUGGGAACAGGGAUGCACCUGCAACUGAAACUGAAAUAAAAACUCUGGGGGCCGAUGCAGCAGCUCCAGCACCAUCUGAAGAAGGUAGUGAAGCCCCAAAGGGCAAACCAGAUGUAUACAAAAGACCCUGUCAGCCCUUUGUUCCUGUACUCAGCAAAUAUGGAUCAAAUGUUCUUCAGUGGCCAUCAGAAAUGUUAAUUUACACAAGUACAGACCCAUCAAUUUCUUAUAGCUGUAAUCCUUUAUAUUUUGAUUUUAAGUCAUCAAGACCAAGUGAAAGCCAAGAAAAGCCCAAGCAUCAACCCAACAUACCUCAUUUGCACCAUAAAACUGAAUCUGAUCAUAUCUUAGUCUCAGAUUUUACAAAAAGACCGACUUCAGAGUGUGGUGAUUAUGAAGUAGAAGUGAAUAAAAACGUGUGCAACUAUACAAUACCCCUGUUAAGUGAUGUUUCCCUCUUCAGAAAUUGUGACCUUGCAAAAAAUCAAAACAAAGUGUCCUUGGAUGAGUCAUUCAGGAUUAGAAAAAUAGAAAAGUAUCACAUAUCUCAUAACCCCUUACGACAAAACACUGUGAUAGAUGAGAAAUACAACAAAGUCUGGAUCAAAGAAGGCCAUGAAAAAUGGCUUCACAAAAGCAGAAAACGGAAAAGGAGAAGAAAAUUAUGUCACUGUCAUUAUCAUCACUGUGGAGACACAACAGUAGCAGAAAUGGAGAUGUCUCCAGUAACUGAAAAAGAAGUUGCUUACAGAGAUGAAAAUAAAUAUCAGCACCUCCAAAACAAUGCAGAGAAGUGCAGGCACGAUGCAGGAAAUAUCUGGUUUACUGCAGGCGAGGUGCAGCAGCCACAGCCAAAAUUUGGCAUUGACAGUGGUCCUAAGAGAGUCGUGUCUGCCUCAGAUCACAUUCACUGGGACAGAGGCUGGUGUGACUUUUGGAGUGCAAAAGGCAGCGCCCAUCACCACCAUGGCUGUAAGGGAGCACACAGGAAGAGCAAAGGCAGCUCCCGGAGGCAGGCCAAGCAGCUGAGCUCCAGGAGGCACAGCCUAAGGCACUCCAAAACGUGCUGCAGAUGGAAAGUCAGGAGGCCGAGCUGUAGCCCAGAGCAUAAAUGUUUGGGACAGUGCAGUGAGGAGAAGGGGCCGAGCCAAACCCAGCCCACAAAGAGGGGUUACAGUGUUCUGACAGAAGAGCCCGAGAAGCCGCACCGCAAGCGGAGGCAGCACACCUAUUCCUACUCCUCUUCCUCAGAUGAAAGCUCCUGUGGACAGGCAUUAUCAGCAGAGGAAUACCUAAGGCAAGGACAUGCUUUAGGUGCCCACCACAGGGCAAAAGGGAAACGCAGGAAAAGGAAGGCGAGGAUCCAUCAUGUUUUCCUCGACAGGAACGCAAAAAGUGAGACCUCUGAAUCUUCCAAAGAAAAUUCUGCCAGUUCUACAGUAAAUAUUGUGGGGGAGUUACCGACUCAAGACAAUCUAGGGGGAACUAAUGCAGCUCCCAGGGAUGAUGAUGCAAAAGACAGGGAUGAAACAAUGGAGCUGGAGGAGAGCAAGGCACCUAUGGAAAGUGCAGAUCUGCAGGUAGUGGAAGAUGAUAAAGCGACGGCGUGCUCAGUGAUGGAGAGUGCACCAGCCACGCUUCCCGAUGGCGCCAUCACAACUUCUGCUGCUCCUGCUGCCCCCCAGCACAGUGCUCCAGCGACUGCUGUCAAACAGGGUGCUCCCCAAGAGGGAAAGAAAAAGGAAAACGUCAACAGCCGCGAAAACCCAGCUCGUUACAAAGUUCCCGUCCCUAACAGACACUUGGAACAAACUCCUCCCAAAUCCUAUCUUUGCCAUUACGAGCUGGCCGACUCUCUCCCGCACGAGAAGAUGGGCGAGGUGGCCGGCGAAUGGCUGCAGUGCAAUCCUGGCAUAUUCAGCAGCCCCCCUCCCUUGCCAUUCAAAGAAGCACACCUCAACACCCACACCUUCCUAACCACCGAGCAGCUCAUAGCCCCCUUCCCCCUGCCCGACCAGGCCCUGCUCUUCCCUCCCGACAGCCCGGAGAAGUUCAAGGAGCUCCCCUCGGAGGCCUACCCUCAGCAGAUGGUGCCGCAGAACGUGCUGUCGGCCAAGGUGAAGUUCGCCCUGGCCCCACCAGCCCUGCCACCGCUGCCACCGCCGCCGCUGCGCUCCAGCUCGGUGACCACCAUCCACCACACGGUGCUGCAGCAUCACGCCGGGGUGCUCAAGGUGCUGCAGCCGCACCAGCAGUUCCUGUCGCAGGUGCCGGCCCUGUCCAGAGCGCAGCCCUUGGCCCAGCUGGCCGUGUCCCCGGCAGGCCAGGCCGCGCUGGUGGCACCGCCGCCGCUGCCGCUGCUGCCGCCCGCCGUGCUGCCGCCCGCGCCGCUGCCCUUCCCGCCGCUGCCGCACCCCGCCGGCUUCCCCUCCCUGCUGGCCCCGCACCCCGCCGUCAUCCCCCUGCAGCCGCUCUUCUAGGACACACGGAAAAACAAAAAUAAGGGGAAAAAAAAGGCCUUCAUCCAAACUGCUGUUUCUUAAACUGGUUAAAAUUCCUUGCUCCUCGGGAAGCAUUUACUGUAAGUAUAUGGAUGCAAGAAACAUUGAGACCUACACUAUUGCUAAAGCACUGAAUAGUCCGAUACUAAUUACGAACUAUAUAUAUAUGUGAAAAUCAUGUCUUAGAAUAUGUAUAAUGUAUAUAAAAUAUAUUUAUAGUUCUAUAACUUAUGUUGUAAAGUAUUCACUUUUUCGUUUUUUUAUCUUUGUGUAUUUGCACCUAUUUAAUGUUUAGACAAAGCUGAUGCACUAUGUUUUGUACUAUGUUCUCUGAAACUGUAAAUCUAGUGACAAACUAUCUCUUGCAAUAAAUUUUUGUUAACUACUUAAGCAUAUCAAAAAUCUUUCAUUAUAAGCCUCAUGGAUGUUGUUCUUCCAUGUCCUCCUGCAGCUGGAUAGCAUCCUCUGCCCCUGCUAUGCUGGGAUAACCAGGUUUCCUACACGCCAGUGAUUUAUCAGGGAGGCUCAGAGGCCAAUACCUCGAGGGCAGCUGUCUCACCAAGCCAGAGAGAAAGGGUAAUAGAUGUGUUUGUGUUAGCAGCUUGAUGUCACCGUGACAAAUUUUGCCCACUUGUACUGUGUGCACACACUGCUGACUGGUGGAGCUGAUCCCCACUAUACCAAACCACAGAAAGGCAAUGUAACAAACAUAAUGCUGGUGCUGGAAGGGGAAGAAAGGCCAAUAUUGACAGCAGCUUGGCUUGGAGGGAAUGUUGCUUGUAGUGGAAGGGUAGAGCCUUGGUUCCACCCAGCAGAGAGAGGUCCUUGCUGCUGGGCACCGUGUGAAGGCAGCAAGAACACAGCAGCAGGUAGGGGACAUCAGGAAACCCACCAUGGUUUGAUACAAAUUCUUAGCAGCAGGAAGGGGACAUCAGGAAACCCACCAGGGUUUGAUACAAAUUCUUACCUCACUUCACCCCCCCCCCACCCUUCUUCCGGCAGCAUUUCACUAAAGAUAAUAGAAUACCACAGCGUAGAGAUUAAUUGAAGUAAUAAUGUACUGCCAUUGUUUCUAACUGUGUUUCAGAGACUUCUCCCUACCUCUGCAGCCUUUUCAUUGCUGUCAGACCUCACCCAGCUUUAGCUGGUGCAAUCUCCUCAUUUGCUUUUAGCAUGAGGUGUAUCAGAGCCAUGCCUGCGACAGUCCAGAAUAAAAGCAGAAGUCAUUCUGAGGUAGAGCCAUCCCUUUGAGUUAAAAUGAAGUGUUAUCAUGUGAGUGAAGCCAAGGAUUUGCAGCAUGAAGGUUAGUGCUAGAAGUAGGCCCUCCAUAAGAAAAGGUAGGUAGGCUCUCCCCAUUAAUUACUUCUUUUCACCUUUUUAUAUACUAUAAUAAAAAUCAUAUAAAGUCGAACUGGAAGAAUAGUGAAUUUUAAGCAUUAUUAAUAGACACUGCAUAUUAAUAGCUACAGGCAUAAAGUAAUGCUAUAUCUUACAACAUAUAUAUCUGAAUCUUAUUUUCUGCAUCGAUAGCAUUAGGAGUUACCUGUAUGGAUAUUGCAAGAACUUACCUGUACGGAUAUUGCAAGUUUUAGUAUAAUAUCACAUCAAAACUGUGGCAAACAAUAUCUUGCCACUGUGAUUACAGUCACCUGCUCAAGGGACGUGAUCUUCCCAUGUGGUGUGGUCACAAAGGGCUAAUUUAUGUGUUAAAAAGCAAAAAGUUGCCAAGGAAGAGCAGAUGAGCAGCCAGGUUCUGGAGAGUGCCCGUAUCCCCCACCUGAGGCUGCAGCAGGGAGUGGGAGUGGGGAGCAUCCCCCCUGUGAUGCCAGAGGGAAGGUAUGUUUUCUCUAGCUCUAACUUCCGGUGGGUGCCCGUUUCUAUUCAUGUGGUACCUGAGAAAUACAGGACUAAGUGACUUUAUACUGCUUUAUUUCCAGAGGCUGCUGCAGAAGGUGUUUGUCUCCCCUCUACACCCUCUGCGGCCGGGCAGGGGAAUCUCCUUUGGAGGCGGGAGGGUUGUCCUGGGUGAUUUGGGUCCCUUGGGUGACUUGUCCUGGCUCUUGCCCUUCUGAUCUCCCAUCAAAGACAAAACCCAUCUCAUCAUAGAGAAAAAAAGAAAAAAGAAUCCACAUAGGACUAAUACGGUUGCACGUUCUGGCAGAGUAAAGAUAGCCAAUUUAAAAUUUUCAGUUGCAAUGUUCAUUGAAAAAUCCCAUCUGUGAACUUGGAGGUCCACAUUUUUUUCCCCCAAAAUGUUCCAACGCCUUCGAAUUCUUCUUUUUUCCUUCCAAUUUAAAUUAUUUUAGGUUGUUAAACAGUUUUAAGACAUUGCACAAUUCUUUAUUAUCUACUGUAAUUGCUGUUCAAUAGUGUAUAAACUAUUUAAAAUAUAAGACUAAUAACCAUAAAAUGUAAUAAUUUUCUAAGAUGGUAUUGCCUUUAAUGCUAGAACUGUUUGUAUAUGUGACUUCAUAUGUAAAAGCAAAAGCAGUAUAAAAAUAAAUAAGUUAAGUUUCAAAUUGAACACACUAAAUUAAAUUACCUAAUGAAAUAUUCUUUUGAGUUUCUGGUUUAUUAUUAAAUACAUAAUUCCUAGUAAGUUAUGUAAGGGUAGUUCUUCUUUUGUAUCUUUUAUCUGGUAUUUCAGAUUAAAUGUGUAUUUUUAUUCCAUAAAUUGGUAGUUUAAUUUAGAAACAAAGAACUAUUGCAAGUGCUAAGUAAUUGAAUUUUUAUAAUCCUAAAUAAAUUCUACCCAAUUCCUUAAAUGUAAUAAUUUACUUCUGAAUUUAAAAAUUUGCACAGAUCUAGUGUGUUUAAGUUUAAGUGUGUCUAAGCUGAAUUUACUGUGUAAGCAGUAAAAGUGUUGCUCCCAAAGGGCAAGAAUUAGACCUUGGGACAGAGCACUGUGUGAGGUUAGAGAAUUUGUGAUUUCCCAGAGCAGCUCUGCAGAGAAACUCCUGAAAAGGCACUAUGUUCCACAGAGAGGAGAAGAAAACCUUUAUUUUGGUCCUUAGAAAGUUGCAGCCUGCCCAGACUGACCUUCCUGGGGACAUUCCAUUUCUCAGGUAACCUGAGCCAUGAAAUAAUAAUGGUCCAGAGGAGCUCUUGGGCAUUAAGGAAUGCUCAGAGGGACAUUUUGGAUAACUGGGCUCUUGUCUUGUGUCUGUAAGUGCACAGAAUUUUUUUAAUGUUGACAAUAUAUGCAAAGAAUGGGGCUGGUAAUUUGGUUUCCUUCACAAUCUGGAAGCUGCACGAGUUAAUUGCUGGGGAGAAAUCAAGUUUCGGAUUCUACACAAAUGGGCAAUGGGUUGUGGCCCACUGAAAAACUGCAGGUCACAGUCUUUGGUAAAAUAAACAAUUUGUAUGGAGGAUCACUGAGUGAGAAUGGUUUUACCUUUCAGUUUAAUCAAACAACAACCAAAUGGUCAUGAAGCAAUGUCUUCUUUACCUGUCGUGUUAACUUUUUAUUAGCUUGACAAUUUUUUGCACUUGUAAGAGUCCUUUUAGGUAUGGUAUUGGAACAAAGCUUUCCAAAGCUAUUGGAACAUCCAAUUCUCUUUAUUCCUGUACAUGAUGAUGUGCUGCUAAUACAACAGAUCACAUGGCUAUAAUUCUUCUGACAAGUUUCUUUUCUGCAACUGUGCUUUUCUCUCAAAAUAACUGUUUUCCGUUAUGGUAAUAUUUACUUGAUAUGCUGCAGUUAAAAUACAGCUUUAAAUGUAUUUGUUCAGGUUCUUCCUUGGUGUAAAUUUAUGUACAGCCUCUGGCUUUGGUUUGUAACCACCAAAAAUCACUUGUGCUGCAAUGCCAAGGGUUUUGUUAACUCCCCCAGAUUAAGGCAAUACAUUAUGACCACGUGAAUGUAUUUUGAAGACAGUUCCUUGUUUGUAAGUAAGGUGGUAAAUUUUAAUCUGAUAUGGGUGUUUUGCUGCGGUGCUCAGAGUGUACAUGUUCUAAACUCCAUACAUUCAUUUUCUGCUCUCCAAUUACUGUGCAUUGCCCAAAGGCUUGUGUAUGUGCAGCAGUGCACACAUUUAUGCCAUGUGCCUACCAGUUGUAAAAUAUUACAGCUCUAUAUUAACUCUCUUUAUUGAAAGUAAAGACAUUUUUACUGUAUAAAGAUCAUUGGAUAUUUUUAAAUUAACAUGACUGACUAUCUCAAUGUGUAUGUUAUUUCAUAGAUCACUUUAAUUUAGUAUUUGCAGCAGGCAUGGUUUUGUAUGUUAUGUUCUCCCUUCUCCUCUUUACUUCAGGAACUAUAUAAAGUUUUCUAUUUUUCUCUGUGACUAAGAUUAUCAGAGUUUAUGAGAACUUGCCUAUUUAUGAAAAUUAACCAGGCUAAUUUAUUACUUUCAUCUGCAAUAAUUAGUGUACCAACUUUACAGAUUAUAAGACAUCUUAUUUUUUGCUUCAAGCUUCUGUUUUAUAUUAUGGGUAUUUAUAAAAGGUUAUAAGGGAGAAUUUCUACCCUGAGUCUAAAUUUUGACCAGUUAGUGAAUUUUUGAAAUCAAUGGAAUCCAAGGAAGAUUUUCCAUUAGUGUUACUGAGGAUUUAUUUUGACUGGAGCAUGAGGCCUCUUUAUUUAUUAAAACUGCCUAAUACUUGCUGCUUUCAGGUAAAUAAUAAUUUCAUGAGGUGUGAUGAGGAGCACAGUCUGGUAAAGAAAAAUGAAUCCAUUUUUAAUCAGUCUUCUACCUCCUUUGUUGCCAGGCUGUUUAUAUAAUUAAUGACUAUAAAGUUAUAUCUUUAAAAUUUCUGUUCUGUAUCAUCAGUGUUUUGAAACAUGGGCAUGAACGUGUUUCUAGUCUAGUUUCUACAUGUUCUUCUAGUCUAAUACCAAAGAGAAAAACAGUUCAUUGGAAUAUUUAUUUCUCUACCUGUACAGGCUCACUUAGACAUUUUAAUAAGUAGAACUACAUUAAUACAAUAUGCAGGUGGCAUAAUGCAUCAGUAAUCUUUAUUUUUGCUGGGAUAAGAUCAAAAUGUGCAAAUCCAUGUAGAGAAAAGCACUAGCAAGCUUCAC